CAGUACAUUUCACCCAAAGAAAGUACACACAGUUCACACCGUCUUUCUAGCGUAAAUAACGCAAUCGGUGGACAAACCUUUCUCCAAACCGUCGCUAGAUCGACCCUAAAUUCCCACAGCAACCGCUUAACAGGCAAACAAACAAUCUAAAAGACUGUCUAUACCAGAAAAAAUGGCGGCCGUGUGUCGGAAGAGAUAGCUAGAGAGUGUUCCCGCCCACUGGUGACCAUGGCCGAAGGAGUGACCACUACUCAGGCCGGUUUGGGGGAAGAUCUGACCGCAAACGACUCCAGCAGCGAGGAAGAACAGGACUGUGAGUUUGAAGAUGCAGUGGACAGAGUCAAUAAUCUGACAGAGAUGGACCUGCCGACAGCCAUAGCCGAGGCUAUAGAAGGACUGGACCUGUUCCUCAACUGUCGAUUUGCUCAGGCCAAAUCCCUCAUGCAGCCCUGGAAGGACCACAGUCCGUACCAUGCCCUCGGUUACGGAACCAUCCUCUUCAUGCAGGCCAUGAUGACUUUUGAGAAGGAGGACAUCAAGCAGGCUGUUGUCAACCUGAAGAGUGCGUUAUCUGUUUGUAACAGAUACCGUAGGAGAGAGAGUUGGCUGGAGUCCCUAUCCAGAUCUCAGAGGAAAGCACAGGUCAACCAGCUGACAGAAGUUGAGAUCCACUCAGAGCUGUGUUAUGCCGAGUGUCUCCUACAGAGAGCCUGUCUCACCUUUGUGGAGGAUGAAAGUUUGAUCAACUUCGUGAAGGGAGCGUUUAAGAUCAAAAGCUGCCACAGCUGCUACAAACAGUGCCUGUACAUCCUGGAGAACCGGACCUGGGAGGACCCGACACUCAAGGUGCACUUUGAGAGUGGAGUCAGGCUGGGGGUCGGAGCCUUCAACGUGAUGAUAUCUCUGCUACCAGGCAAGAUCUUAAAACUGCUGGAGUUUGUAGGAUUCUCAGGGAAUAAGUUGUAUGGGCUGUCCCAGCUCCAACUGGGAGCAGACCUGGACUCUCUCCGAGCCCCACUGUGUUCCCUGUACCUGAUUGGCUACCACACCGUCGUGCUCUACAUACUGGGCCUGGGAGAUGGAGACUUGGAGCUGGCUGACAGAAUACUGCAGCCCUGUCUCAGGAAAUAUCCUCAGGGGGCGUUGUUCCUGUUCUUUGCUGGCAGGAUGGCGGAAGUUCGCGGGGACGUCCCUGCGGCGAUCAUGAAGUUUGAAGAGUCAAUCGUUGCCCAGUCGGAGUGGAGGCAGUUCCACCACCUGUGCUACUGGGAGCUGAUGUGGUGCCACGCCUUCCUGGCAGACUGGCUCAUGGCAGCCUCGUACGCAGAGAGGCUCUUUAACGACAGCAAGUGGUCAAAGGCAUGUUACAUGUACCAGCGGGCAGCCUUCCUGGUGAUGUGCGAGGACCAGACAGAAGACAGCAGGCAGAAACUUCUCACUCUCUUCAGACAGGUGCCAGUCCUAAAGCAGAGGAUCGCCGGAAAGUCACUGCCGAUCGAGAAGUUUGCAGUCGACAAGUCUGCGCGAUAUGAGGAACACAAAUCUCUGGUCCUGCCAGGAUACGAGCUGAUCUAUGUGUGGAACGGUUUCACCAUCCUUGGUCGGCGUAGGGAACUAGUGGAGCCUGUCCUCACACGGGUGGAGGCUACACUACAGCACCUGCACAGGGAGAAAGACUCCACCCCCCUGUACCACGAUGGUUGGUGCCUGGCCACAGUACUGAAGGGGGUUUGUCUGAAGUAUUUGGACCAGCCCACUGAAGCAGAGGGGUGUUUCCAGGAGGUUGUCAAAUGUGCCCCCCAGAUCCAGAGCGACCAGUACCUCCCACCCUACGCCUGUGCAGAGCUGGGUUUCCUCUACCUGCAGCAGAGCAGACUUCAGGAGGCAAAACACCACCUGGAGAAAGUCCUGACCCAGUACCGAGGGUACCGUCUGGAGUCGCGGCUGCACUUCCGUGUGCAAGCCGCCCUGUCAGCUGUUACUGUUGCCAUGGCGAGAGCGGACACGCCCGCCGCGGCUCCGAGGGAAGCAGAUGUGCGGAGGACAUGA